UAGUUUAUGUUAUAUUUUACGCUGCCUUACGUGUGUACACUUUUACAUCACGGGACGGUUUGGGUAUAAAUAACACGCCGAGCUUGAGGAUAACCACAGUCAUCAGUCCAUCAGUGCACCGAAAAGAACACCGAGUGCAACACAGUUUAUAUAUACAUAUAUAUAUAGCGUCACGUCAAGAAAAACACCUGUUCAUCAACGACCAUUAUACUGCAGAAAAUAAUAUGGCCGCUAAAUUGUCGUAUUGUCGCGCGGUCACGGUCUUCGUCGUAGCUGUAUGCGCCGUAGCCUCGGCGUUUCCGUUUCAGCCGUCGCAAGACGAGUACCUCACGCAGCACGAGCACGACGGCGCAUCCACUGCUGAGCACGGUGACGACGAUGCAGCUGCAAGUCACGGCGGCCCGGUGCCUAAGCCCGGGUCGACGUAUCACUUCCAGUACUCUGUGCACGACCCGCUGACCGGCGACGAGAAGAGUCAGAACGAGGUGGGCGACGGUCACGGAUCGGUCAAGGGCUCGUAUAGCCUGGUCGAGGCGGACGGCUCCACCCGGGUGGUUGAGUACACGGCCGACGACGUGCACGGGUUCAGGGCCGAGGUGAAGAGGAUCGAAGCGCCGGCGCACCGUCAGCAUCUGCACGACCAGUCCGUCACUACCGCCGCCGCAGCCACCGCCGAUGCCGACACCCCGUCGUACAAGUUCGAUUUUGCUGCCGAAAAUGCCGCCGCUCGUGCAGCCGCCUCAGCUCAGCCGGCAGCCGACUACGAACUGCAACAGUCAUUACACUACAACUACCCGUUGCAGCAGCAGCAACACCAACCUGAAUUACACUUUUCGUCGUCGCACCGCCGUUGAAGUCUCUCAUCGUUCGAGUCGUCGUUGUAGCCGUUUCUAUAAAUACCUAUAUUGUUAUUAUUAUUAUUGUUAUUAUUAUUUCACAUAUGUUCACGCGACGCAUAGUAAAAUAUGUGACGAGUUCGGAUAAUAUAAUCACAUCAUAUUAUUAUCAUACAAUAUUCGAUUAAACUUUAUCUUCCGUGUUUGUCAAAUUCGUGAGAUUGUUUGUAUACUAAUAAUACUGAGGAGUAUCGAGAAUCUUGAGAAUUUAAAAAUACGGUCAUUGAGUAUAUUUAAAAAUGGCGAUUAUCAGAUUUCGAAUAACUAUACUUUUUUAAAGAAAAAAAGAGGAGAGCAUGUUUGAUGAAUCACUCAGUAUGUAAUAUACGUACGUUACAUGUACUUACUCGGACUUGAAAAUAUAUAAUACGUGUUCUCUUCUCCCCACAUAACACAUAUUUAAAUAACUAGUUUAUAUAAUAUUAAUGUGAUUGCAUGAAAAAUUGAUUAAUUAAAAAAAAAAAAUUAAAUGUUCAGUGAUUGUUCAUGAAACUUGACAUAAUAUAUGUACCGUUCAAUAAAUAUUUAUAUGUGUUUAAAGAAAAAUUUUAAUGUUUUGUUUGAAUCAUUUAUAGCGGUAAUUGUUUCCAUUUUGCAUAUACUUUUAGUGUCAAAUGCCUAUUCAAAAUAUAUAUCCAUUAUUCUCUCUUGUAAAUACUUCCACAAGUUGUAAGUACCAAGGCUAAUUGGGCCAUAUUUUGUAAACAGUUUUUGCUAUUAUUUUUAUACUCGUACAGUAUUGUGUAACAAUUUAUAAAU